AUGAACAUUCCCAACUCGUCAACCGCGCCGACCGCGGGCGAGUACGCUGGAGAUGAGGUCUCUGCGAUCGUCCUCGACCCUGGUUACUCGACUACACGCGCCGGUUUCGCGGGUGAAGACGUGCCCAAGAGCGUCUGCCCUUCGUUCUACGGACAGAGCGACAAUGACUCGUACCUGUUCGGUGAGAACGCGAUCCACUCGCCCGUCGGCAACCUCAACAUCAAGAACUACUGGGGCGCAGACGGCAUCGUGGAGGACUGGGACGCAGCCACAAAGCUAUGGGAGUACUCGAUCACAAGUCGUCUGACGGGCGCGAAGGCGGGCGACCCAACGAAGAACGGGCUCAACGACGCCCCGGAAAACGGCGAAUCAAUGGACGUUGAGAUGGAAGGCGUGGAGAACAACGAGAAGCCCAUGGAGGACAGCCCGCUGCUCAUCACAGAACCAGGCUGGAACAGCGCCAAAGCGCGCGAAAAGUAUAUUGAGAUCGCCAUGGAGGACUGGGGCGUGCCGGCGUUCUUCCUGCAGAAGACGGGCGUGCUCGCCGCGUUCGCCUCGGGCAAGGCAUCCGGCAUCAUCAUCGACGUCGGUGCAUCGCACACCAGCGUGACCCCCGUGCUCGACGGCAUGGUGCUGCGCAAGGGCGUGCAAAAGUCGCCGCUCGCCGGCAACUUUGUCUCGGAGCAGAUCCGCCACACGUUCAAGAACACGACGCCCGAAAUCCCCCUCACACCGCACUACCUCGUCAAGUCCAAGACGCAGGUCGACGCCGGCGCGCCCGCAACCGCGACCUACAAAGACUUCCCCGUCCCACCCAGCGCCUCCUUCCGCCUCAACGAGGAAGAGCGCGUGCUCACCGAAUUCAAAGAAUCCGUCGUCGAAGUCUGGCCCGGCCCCGGCCGCUUCACAAACGGCACGAACGAGGAGCUCGCACGCAGCGCGCCGGGCCGCCCGUUCGAGAUGCCCGACGGCUGGAACAAUAUCUUCGGCGCCGAGCGGUUCCGCGUCGCAGAGGGCCUGUUCGACGCGUCGGCCGCGCUCACGUCGGACGCGCACCCGCGGCCCAAGGACGAGUGGACGAUCCCGCGCCUCGUGCAGGCCGCCGUGGCCCACGUCGAUGCCGACCAGCGCCCGCUGCUGCUCGCCAACAUCGUCGUCACGGGCGGCUCGUCGCUGCUGCACAAGUUCACCGACCGUCUGAAUUUCGAAAUCAACGCCGUGUACCCCUCGACGCGCAAUAAGCUGAUUGCACCCGGGUCGGUGGUAGAGAGGAAGUAUGCGGCGUGGAUUGGGGGCAGUAUUUUGGCGAGCCUGGGGAGCUUUCAUCAGCUGUGGAUUAGUAAGAAGGAGUAUGAGGAGCACGGCGCGGGGAUUGUGGAGAAGCGGUGUAGGUAG